AUGGGCUUCAGCCCACUGCGGGGCCCUGCGCCGGCCUUCCUGCCGGGCCCUCCCCGGCCCUCCGACGGCGUGCCUUCGUUGCAGUUUUCCGGCCUGGCAUCCUUCUUCCCGGGCCCCGAGGCCGCGCCGGGGCCCGGCACCUCUGCCGCAUACAGGCCGCCAUCGGUGUCCGGGUCGCCUCUCCUGUCGGGCUCGUCUCUGCUGUCCGGACUGGCAUUGCUGCCCCGGCCAGCGGGGCAGACGCCCGGGGCGCCGGCGCCAGCCGCGGAGCCGGUCACCUCCCGCCCGCAUGGUGCUCCCCCGGGGGGUCCGGCGGGCCCCGGUGUGCCCAUGAUGCCCACUGCGGCGGUGGCUUCCGCUGCCCACUCGCAUGCGCCCGAGCCACCGGUCCCCCGAAUGCUACCAGAUCCCGGCCUGUCCACGGCCCCGGUCGCUGCCGCCGCCGCCGCCGCCGCCGCCGCCGCCGCCGCCGCCGCUGGGCUCCCCACCGGGCUCGCAUUGCCCGGUGGGCCGCUUGCAUCGGACGUGCUGGCAGUGCUGGCAUCGCCGGCUGGGGCUGCUCCGCCAUUUGCAUCGGAUUUCCCAGCCCCACCGGAUAUGCCACUCGCGUCGAGCCCACCCUCCAUGCCUCCGGCCCCGCUGACCCCGGUAUCACCGCGGGCUGGCAGCUUGCCGGCGGCGGCCGCGAGCGGCCCCGGGCCUGCAAUGACACUUGUGCCUGUGCUGCCCUUGGCGUCUGCAUCGCCCCAGGUGCUCGGGCCACCACUCCCAUCCGGCUGGCCGGCCGCGCCUGCCUCGCCAAUCGGGCUUCCCCCGGCACUCGGGUACACAUCGCCCUCGGCCUCUGCCUCGGUGUUCACGUCUGCCCCGCACCUGGGGCCUGGGCACUUUGCUGCCUUUUCACCCCCGCCGGCGCUCCGGUCGCCCCCGGGGCCCGGGUCGUCGCCCUCGCCUGCCCCAUUGUCCCCAUCUGGCCCGGGGCCUGUGUCUGUUCCAUUCAUGGCCCCGAUGUCGCCGAUGAUCCGUCUUCUGUCAAUGGCCCCAGCUUCACCGACAGGCCCCGGCCCGUCGGUGGCCCACUUGCCCCAGGCCCCUUCCUCUCCGCCGAUGACCGGCUUGACGUCCAUUGCUGCUGGCGCUGCUGGCGCCGCCUCGCCGAUGGGCUCUUUUUCCUCACCGUCCCCGGCGCCAGGGUCGCCCUUCGCCUCGCCUGGCAACGCAGGCAUGCUCCUGGCGCCCGGGCCUUCGGCAAUGCCCGGGUCCCUGGCCAGCAUGCCGUCUCAAGGUCCAGCAGGCCCCAUGGUCGACUCGCUGCUGCCGACGAUGCCAUCGGCCUUUCUGGAGGCCAUGAUGCUGGCGCCGGCUCCCGCCGCGAACAUGCCGCCGAUCCUGCCACCCGGCCCGUCGAUGAGCCCGCCGCACUCGCACUCGCACUCGCACUCGCACUCGCACUCGCACUCGGGUCCAGGCAUGCCGGCGGCCCUGGGCCUGCAGAGUGCGCCCUUCGGGACACAGCCCUCCAUGCAGCCGGCCGUGCUGUCCCCGAACCAGCCCGCCACGCAGGGACAAAUGGAGGUCGAAAUGGCAGGCAUCUACCAGACGCAACCCCCAUGCGCCACGGUUCAGUGCCCUUCCCCCGGGAAGACCGAGUAUUGGCACAUGAAAAUGCUGCUCUUGCAGCAUCUGCAUGAGCGAACCCUCAGCGAGCAGCAGCAACAGCAGCAGCAGCAGCAGGAGCAACAACAGCAACAACAGCAGCAGGAGCAACAACAGCAACAACAGCAGCAGGAGCAGCAACAGCAACAACAGCAACAGGAGCAACAGCAGCAGCAGCAGCUACAGCAGCAACUUCAGCAACAGCUGCUACAGCAGCUACAGCAACUUCAGCAGCAGCAGCAGCAACAGCAGCAGCAGCAACAGCAGCAGCAGCAACAGCAGCAGCAGCAACAGCAGCAGCAGCUACAACAGUUACAACAGCUACAGCAGUUGCAGCAGCUACUGCAGCAGCAACAGGAACAGCAGUUGCAGCAGCUACUGCAGCAGCAACAGGAACAGCAGUUGCAGCAGCUACUGCAGCAGCAACAGGAACAGCAUUGUCUGGAAAGCAGCUCGGCAGGGUCCCCUCAAAUACAAACCGACGUCACGAGCACGGCCAACCCUGAGCAUGACUCCGCUCCGGGGACCGGAGUGGCAGCCAAGCAGCCGCCCGCCGAACAGAAGGACAACCCGGCGGCCAAGCGUCGGCUGCCGGCCCUGGAGGAUGUCUUUUCCGAACCCGACGACGCGGGGCUCUUCAAAACCGCCGACAUGUUCCUGACUCCGGCGCAAAAGCGCCGGCGUGCGGCCCUGCUUCAGCUUCACCGGGAGGCCUUGAACCGCGACGCUCUGUUGGACAUGAACCAGGGCAAAACCCAGCCGGCCUUCAAGCUGCUGCAGGAGUCGGCCCUGGCGGCGGCGCGUCGCGCUGCCCAAGUCACCACCCUGACGGACAGCCUGCAAGAUGCCGCGCCUGCGUGCCUGCCCUGGCGGGGCUUUGCCCACUCGGACUUUUCUGAUGGCUGCCUUGAUGGCAAGUGCGCCGGUUGCCUGGCGGCCGGGUGCUCGCCAGGACAGGCCGGCCCGCCGGCAGCUGCUGGGCCGCCCGCCUGGCCGCUGGUUCGGCCCAUCCCGACCCCGGAGGACCGCGGCUCCUGCCUUUCCCCCCCGCGCCCGGUGUCUCUGGUCAGCAUCACUCGGUGGUGGCUGGCCGAGAAGAGCGCCGACCCUCGGUGGCAACCCUCGGCCAAUGCCCUGCGGGUUGUUCGGCGGCUCCUUCCCGCGGCCCUGCCCCUCGAGGACCUGCUGGAGCGCUUCAACCAGCUGGCAUUGCGGUCGCGCCGGAGCCUGGAGGCACUGGCCUCCGCGCCGGGUGAUGUGGCCAUCUUGACAGCCCUGGAUCUGGCCGACGCGCCUGUGUCCCUGGGCGGCGGCGGCGGCGGCGGCGGCGGCGGCGACCCGGCAAGGCAGCUGCUUUUGGUGGAUCGCACGGCGCCGCAGGCCGUGAGCGAGCUGCUGCUUGCCGAGCACUGCCGACACGUGCUUCACACCUGGCUGGCCUCCUGGGCCGGGGACGGUGGGCUGCAUGUGGCCCCGGCGCCAAGCCCGGAGCGUCCUGCCACCGGGCGAAUGGUUACCCGAUCUGCCGCCAGUGCCGGGCCGCCGGCCGCCGCGGUGGAGGCGGCGACAACGGCCCCCGGUGACCCGGCCUCCGCCGAGGCGCCGGCCGCCUGCCCGUCGUCUUCCUCCGAGGAUGAUGAUGGCCUGGGUGCGGAAUUCUGGAACCUGUAUGGCGGACUGCCGGAGGUCGGCCCGGCCGUGAGCUCCGGGUCCUUGCUGACCCCGCCGGAUGCCGGCGGCUUGGCCUUCUAUGCGCUGGUGGACCCGCCGACGGCCGCCUCCUUCCGGGCGCUGGUACUGGUGGGCCCCUCGGGCAUCGGCAAGACGGCGGCGGUGUAUGCCGCCUGUGCGGAGUUCGUGCGUCCCAAUGGCCGGGCCAGGUUCUUUGGCCGGCGUUUUCCGGCCAUUCCCCCAUGCUGA